AUGUUAAAAGUUCGUGGUUUACAUCCUUAUAUACGAGGAAGUGAAAAUGAAUAUGAUAGUGAUCAAAUAAUGGGAGCAGAUUUUUCGGGUAUUAUUAUUCGAAAAGAUUCUCAAGUUAAAUAUAAUAUAAAUGAUCGAGUUAUUGGAACAAUAACAAAUGAAAGUGUAUUUAAAUCACAUAUAAUUGCAAAUGAAAAUGAUAUUGUUCAUGUACCAUCAAAUUUAACUAUGGAAGAAUUAUCAACAUUACCAACGUUUUUAACUGUUUUAUAUUCAACAAGUGGUGUUGGAUUAGCAUUUAUUCAAUAUGCACAAAUGAUUGGAGCAAAUAUUAUUGCAACAGCUGGAACGGAAGAAAAACGAACAUUUUUAAGAGAAAAAUAUCAUAUAGAACAUGUUUUUAAUAGUAGAGAUUUAUCAUUUAUAUCAGGUGUACAUCAAAUUGCACCAAAUGGUGUUGUUGAUAUUAUAAUUAAUUCACUUUCUGGAAUAUUUAUAAAUGAAUCAUUAGAAUUACUUGCUCCAUUUGGUCAUUUUAUUGAACUUGGUAAACGUGAUAUUUAUGCAAAUUCAAAAUUAUCAUUAUUUUCAUUAAGAAUAAAUUGUACUUUUCAUAUUAUUGAUUUAAUUUCAGUUAAAAAAUAUUCUCCAGAACUCAUUCAACUUCUUCUAAAAAAUAUUUUAAAUUUAUGUCAAAAUAAAAAAUUAAAACCUAUUACACCAAUUAAAGAAUUUGAUGCAUCACAAAUACAACAAGCAUUUUUUACAUAUUCUCAAGCAACACAUAUUGGAAAAUUUGUUAUCAAAAUUGUUGAAUCAAAUGAACGAUUAAAAAUUGAAAGUAAUCAAAAUGAACAACAAAUACAACAGAAACGAAAAGAAAGUGUAUUCCCAGAUGAAAUUUGUAAUCAUGAAACUAUUGUUAUUAGUGGAGGAUUAGGUGGUCUUGGUAUUGAUAUAUCAAAAUGGAUGAUAAAAGAACGUGGUGUAAAAAGAAUAAUUCUUUUAUCAAGAAAAGAUAUUAGGGAAUUAAAUUUUACUACUUUACAAUUUAAAAAUUGGAUAAAUCUUAAACAAAUAGCAGAUAAAAAUAAUGCAUAUAUACAAGUAAUGAAGGCAGAUGUAACAGAUUUUCAACAAGUAUUAUCUGUUCUUAGUUCUAUUCAUGAAAAUGAAUCAUAUCCAAUUCGUGGUAUUAUUCAUAGUGCAAUGGUUUUACGUGAUAGUCUAUUACGAAAUAUGAAAGAAAAUCUUCUAUCUGAAGUAAUGCAAUCAAAAAUUCGUGGUGCAUGGAAUCUUCAUUGUGUAACAGAAAAACUAUCAUGUCCAUUACAUUUUUUUAUAAUGUUUUCAUCAAUUCGAAAUCAUAUACCUGAUGUUGGUCAAUCAAAUUAUAAUGCUGGAAAUAAUUUUCUUGAUAGUCUUCCUUAUUGGAGAUUGAAUUAUCGAAAUCUUUCAGCUAUUUCUAUUGGUUUACCAGCUAUAUCUGGAGCUGGUUAUCUUCAUAAUAAUGCACAAUCAACUAUUAAAUUAAUGGAGGACCAAGAAAUACAUUUAAUGCCAUCAAAUUAUGUUUUUAAAAUGAUUGAACAUUUACAAUUUAUUCAACAACAAACAUUAGAAAAAACAAAUCUUUUUAAUCCAGUUAUGUUUGUUGUUAACUGGAAAAAAUUACUUCAAGCAAAUUUAUCAUCAAAACUUGUUCAUUUUGCUAAUGAAUUUUUACAGAUUAAAAAUGAAAAUCAAGACACACCUAUUUCAUCAAAUGAUAAUCAACAAUUGACGUUAGAUAUUGAUAUAAUUACUAAUAAAAUACGUUUGACAGUUUCAAAAUUAUUUGGUCCUUUAAAUGCCGAUCGUAUUGAUGUGAAUAAACCACUUGUACAACAAGGAAUGGACUCAUUAAUUGCUGUAGAACUUCGAAGUUGGUUAUUAAAAGAAAUGUUUUCAAACAUUCCACUUGUUGAAUUAGUACAAGGAAUGUCAAUUAAUGAUCUUGCAUCAUAUAUUUACAAUCAGCCAGUUAAUAAACAAACAAAAACCAAUACUACAAUUAAUUCAAACAAUAAUCAAGAUUUAUCAGAUAUAGAUAUAAAUACGAAUGAAAAUUCUUUAUUAAGUAAUGAAAUGAAAAAUAUUAAACAAUCAGAAAUGAAUUCAAAUGGUACAUCACUUAUAAUUCCAUUGUAUCAUUCAGAUUCAAAAUAUUCAUUAUUUUGUAUUCAUGAUAUAAUUGGUCUUUCUCAAACAUUUAUUCAACUUGCUAUUCAAUUAAAAGAUAUUUAUAAAAAUGAUUGUCCAUCAAUAUUUGCUUUUCGUGCAAGUGGUUAUGAAUCUAAUGAAAUUCAACCAACUGGACCAUAUCAUUUACUUGGUUAUUCAUUGGGAGGAACUAUUGCUUAUGAAAUGGUUCGACAAUUAUAUAAUAAACAUCAAACAACAGUUCAAUCCUUAAUAUUAAUUGAUCCAUCAGUACCAGUUGAAGAAAAUAUUCUUAUACCAAGAGAAUAUGAUCAAGAACAAUUCUGGUUACAAAGAACAAUUGGUCUUAUUUUUAGUUAUUUUGAUAGGACAACAAAUUCUGAUCAUAUAAUUGAACAAGUAUUUGAUGCAUCAUUAUCAAACGAAGAACGACAAGAAAAAAAAAGAAAAUUUCAUGCAACAAAUUCUAUCAAUACUUAA